AUGGCACUGGCCAGCUCGCUUUCUAGCAAGCCAGCAGCACCAGGCUCCGGAAAAGCUUCCGUGGCAGGGACGGAGCUGCACCAGAGCAAGCUGGAUUUCUUCUGCAAGCUGGGCUAUGCUAAGCUGGACAUCUGCAAAGUGCUGGAGAACCUGGGCCAAGAGGCCCUGGAGGACGAUGUGCUGAAAGAGCUGAUUCGGAUGGGGAGCAAACCUCAAGCUCUGGAGAGCCAGGCUCAGCCUUCCCCACUAAAACUCGUUGCCCGUGGGUCAUGUAGCACCUCACCAGGGUUGAAGUGGCUUGGAGAAGACGAAAGUGAUUCUCCCGAUCACUUGAGACCCAUCGUGAUCGAUGGCAGCAAUGUUGCCAUGAGUCAUGGAAACAAAGAAGUAUUCUCCUGCUGGGGGAUCCAGCUGGCAGUGGAUUGGUUUCGAGAAAGGGGGCACACGUACAUCAAGGUUUUUGUCCCGCUCUGGAGAAAGGAGCCCCCUCGACAAGACAGUCCAAUUGCAGAUCAGCACAUCCUCGAAGAGCUUGAAAAGCAGUCAAUCCUUGUGUAUACCCCAUCCCGGAAGGUGAAAGGCAAGAGGGUCGUUUGCUACGAUGAUCGCUACAUUGUGAAAGUUGCUUAUGAGAAAGACGGAGUCAUUGUUUCCAACGACCAUUACCGGGAUCUCCAGAAUGAAAACCCUGAGUGGAAAUGGUUCAUUGAGCAACGACUACUCAUGUACUCUUUUGUCAGUAACAGGUUUAUGCCGCCCGAUGACCCAUUGGGCCGACACGGACCCACUCUGAGUAACUUCCUCAGCAAAAAGCCAGUGCUUCCUGAACCAAAAUGGCAGCCUUGUCCCUAUGGUAAAAAAUGCACCUAUGGCAAUAAAUGCAAAUUUUACCACCCAGAGAGACCACAUCAAGCUCAGCUCUCGGUUGCUGAUGAGCUCAGGGCCAAAACAAAGGGCCCGUUAGGCCUGGGGAAAGAGGAGGAGAGGCGUAACCGCUCACCGUACAGGGCCAGGGGAGAGCCUGCACCGCCCGACGCCUGCACAGUAACACUGCGAGAAGCCAGCGGCUCUGCAGGGCCUUCCUGCUACUCAGGGUGGGCCCGAGGCGGCUGUCCUCAGCAGCCCCCCAGCGCCUGGGCCCUCGGCCCCAGCUCUGACCCGGGCCUGGACCAGCGGUUGCUGCAGCCAAAGCCACCACGAGACCAGCUGCUCCUGGAGGAGAUGUCGGCGCUCUCCAUUGGUGACGACACCUACGGCUGCAACCGGUCCAUGUGUAGCUCUCAGGACAGGGAGGUGAUGGACAGCCCUCAUCGCUCUGGUGGCCUCAGGCACAACUCCUACUCCCUUCAGCACCCCCGGAGCUCAGAGGACACCUGCUUACUGGGAUGCCCUUUCCAGCCAACAGUGCUCCCGUCUGCACAGGGCUGGAUGCACCCUGAGCGCAGCUGGCCUCAGGAGCACUGCGGUGUGCACGGAAUGGGACAGGGGAACCUCUAUGCCCCUGAUGGCGCUCAGCGCAGGCAGCCCUUGGAGAUUCAGCACCACGUUCUGCCGCAGUCCGAGGCUCUUCCCCCCGACCUGCUUCGCUACCGUGAGCAUCAGCCGCAGCACCGUUUCCCCAGCCAGCCCCCACCGCAGCCCUUUCUGGUGGACUCCAGCAGCGGACUGGGCUUCUUCCAGAAAGCUCACGCUUACUCUGAUGCCUUGUACAGCGACUACUGGCCCACCCCAGCUGCAAGACUCCCCUCUGCCCAGCAAGCAGACAUACCCAGGGAGCUGUGCUCUCUUUUCCCUUACAGUGACGUGAACCAGGUCAUGGCUUUGUACCCUGAUAGCAAGGAUGUUGCCGGCUUUACACCACCGAUUCAGAGACACAGAAACUUGUGA